AUGGCCUCCGACGAGGAUCUCUUCUCGUCCAAGCUCAUCUCGCCCGACGUGUCUGAAAAGCUCCCCGAGGGCUACCAGCUGCGCGCCCUUCGACCGGGCGACUUUGACACGGGCUUCCUCGAGUGUCUGCGGGUGCUGACGACGGUGGGCGACGUCACCAAGGAGGCAUUUGAGGAGCAGUUCAGGCAGAUGAGCCAGCAAGGCGGCUACUACAUCAUCGUCAUCGAGGACACCAACCGGACAGACGGGACAAAGUCGGUCGUCGCCACAGGUGCUCUGAUAGUCGAGCGCAAGUUCAUCCACAGCCUCGGCGCGGUCGGUCACAUCGAAGACAUUGCCGUUGCCAAAGACCAGCAGGGCAAGAAACUCGGCCUCCGACUCAUCCAGGCCCUCGACUACGUCGCCGAAAAAGUCGGCUGCUACAAGUGUAUCCUUGACUGCAGCGAGGCCAACGAAGGCUUUUACGUCAAGUGCGGUUUCAGACGGGCCGGCUUGCAGAUGGCGCACUACUACCAGGGAAACAAGAGUACAUCUCAAUAA